AUGGAAAUUAGGAACGAUGGUGUUCGUGUAUACAUGGAGACGAAAAAGGAAAAUAAAAACUUAGGAUCAUAUCCGCUAUGUAUUACUGUUCGCGAUUUCAAUAUGGAAUUCAGUAUCACCAAUGAGAACACAGUUGCAGGUUCGUCUGGAAUAAUAAAUUUAAUUGAUAUACCAACAUCUCCCGUUAUAGAGGAAUAUGAAAGUAUAAUAAUAACUGAUAGUACACCAAGUUCUAUUGAAGUAGGACAAGUAUACCAAGACAAGGAAACAAUUGCAACUGCAAUGAAGCACUAUUCUGUCAUGCACAAGUUUCAAUUCAGGGUUAAAAGAUCUAGUUCUAGAAGCAAAUUGCCUAGUUAUUUGUAUAAUCUAGAGAAGACUUAUCCGGGGUCUGUAGUUAAAUUGAAGAAGACAGACGAUGACUGCUUCUUGUAUGUAUUUGUUGCGAUUUGUGCGUCAAUCAGUUGUUGGGAAUAUUGUAGCCCAGUUGAAGUAGUUGAUGGGACAUUUUUAAAGUCAGCAUACAGGGGAAUAAUGCUAACAGCCAGUACAAUGGAUGCAGCAGGUACCAUAUUACCAUUGUCAUAUGCUGUUGUUGAUUCAGAGAAUGACACAUCAUGGAAGUGGUUUUUUGAGCAAUUCAAACUCGCGUAUGGUGAAAGACCAAAUAUGUGUGUUGUUUCGGAUCAGAAUGAGAGUAUCUUGAAGGCAACAUCUAUUGUUUAUCCCAGCAUGCCAUAUUAUUCUUGCAUGUGGCAUAUUUGGACAAAUAUAUGGGCAAAGUUCAAGAAGGGACAUCUUAAGUUAAGUGAAUUAUACUUUGCCACGACACGGUCAUACACACUUGAUGAAUUUAAUGAAAGGAUGUCAAAGAUUGAGGAGAUUGACCCCCGUGUUAAAGCAUACUUAUACGAUAUUGGCUAUCAUAGAUGGUCCCGAGUACAUGCUACGGUGAACAGAACUUGGACUAUGACAUCAAACAUUGCAGAGUCGUUGAAUGCUGUGAGGGCUUCAACAGACUACAUCCAUACAGUACUAGAUGGUGUGAGGCGCUAUAUUAUUUAUCUUGAAAACAAGAAAUGUAGUUGUGGGCAAUUCCAGCUUGAUGAACUACCUUGUCCACAUGCUUUGGCUGCUUUAAGACACAGGGAUGAGUCUUUUGAACAAUAUUGUUCUCCUUGUUACACAAGGGCGAACCUCUUGCGUACGUAUGAAAUACCAGUUAAUCCCUUGCCUGAUAAAAGCAAAUGGAAUGUGCCACAACAUAUAACCGAAGAAGUAGUAAAUCCACCUAAAGGAGGGAAAAGGCAACCAGGAAGACCUCAAAAAGAAAGAUACAAAACAUAUGAUGAAAUAAAUUCAAAGAAGUACAAAGUUUCAUGCGACAACUGCGGAGGAGAAGGGCAUAACAAAAGAUCUUGCAAGAAUGCACCCAAAAAGAAAUAA